GACCGACAUACUCGGCAACGACCACCGACCGCAAUAAUCUCUAAACCAGAAAGCCGUAUCGGACGCAGUUCUUAUUCUAUUGCCGGUUCCCCUACAGCGCGGGUAUUUCAAAAGUUCCGUGCGCUGUAUCUCCGAUAACUGGACGUUUGAGUGAGCAAUGCUGCGUGCGUUCGCUCCUGUUCCCGUCGUGGAGCUGAGCUCAAAGGAGCGCAUUCAGGCAAUCUACAGUACAAAUGACAGACUGUUUGUUGGUCUCGCAUCCGGGGCGCUCAAAGUGUACGAGAUAGACGACUCGCAAGCGUUAUCUGACCCCGAUCCUUCGUCUGCUCCAUCCGACACCUCAAAACGAAGUCCAGCAAAGUUGCUCACUACCAUCGAUAAGUUCAUCAAAGGAUCAAUAGAGCAGCUCUUGGGCUUAGAAGAGGCGCGUGUGCUGAUUGUGCUGAGUGGCGGAUAUGUUCAUCUCUAUGAUCUCGACACUCUCGCAUAUCAAGAACGUCUGCACAGAACAAAAGGCGCGGUAGUCUUUGCAACUUCGUCCGAGCUCGAAUUUAAGACUCCGUUUGCUCUGCCGCCCAACACCGCGCCAGAGAAGCGGCCGUCCGUCGCCGACGUCCAACGGUCUGUCUCGAGACUCGUGGUUGCUGCAAAGAAGAAGCUGCACUGCUACGAAUGGCAGGGUGCAGAGCUGAUUGGGUCGAAAGAAAUUACGGUCCCCGAGCGACCACGAUCUCUCACGUUUAUCAAGCCCGACAGAAUACUUUGUGGCCUAGUGGUUGAGUACUUUGUCGUUGACAUUCCGGCUUCCCAAGUGUCUCCUAUAUUCGCCGCAGGAAGACCAGUUGGCGCAAUCGACGGAGUAUUGGCCGGCGUCGCCGCAAAUAUCGGUAGCAUAACAUCAUCUUCCUCGGCGUCUUCGCGGAAGCAGGGGUGUGCAUUAGCGGCUCGACUGCCGGAAGACGAGUCGGUGGUCUUGGUCAACGAGUUUUCCUCUGCAUUCUUCUCCUCAGAGACCGGGUCGUUCAUGAAGUCUAAACGACAGAUUAAAUUCAAGGAUGUACCGUCGAUGCUUGGCUACUCAUAUCCGUUUGUUCUCUCAGUCACCGCCAACGGGAAGAAACUUGAAGUGCGCAAUCCAAAGACGUACACACUGCUACAGUCCAUCAACUUCCCAACUCUACAGCAUUUCAACGACGGGAAAAACCCGUUUGUUGCUUCUUCGCGGCAAAUCUGGAAACUGAGCCGAAGGUCUUUUGAAGAACAGAUUGAGGAGCUCAUUGGCCAAAAUCAGCUUGAUGAAGCUAUUGCGCUGAUAGAGAACGUGGACGACGUAUUUGUCUCUGAUCGCUCGAGUAAGCUGAGAGAGCUCAAGAUGCGUCGAGCUGAAAUUCUCUUUUCAAAACUCAAGUUCUCGCAAUCAAUGACUCUUUUCUCUGAAGUUUCAGCACCUCCUGAGCGUGUUCUUAAAUUAUACCCUGAAGCAAUCUCAGGUGUGGCGGAGAGCUCAGAGGCUAUGAAGAAUGGUACUGACAUCCCGACUCCCGAAGAAACAAGUGCUGAGACUAAUGGGGAGAAAUCCCAUGGUCCUGCAGAGGUUCCACCUACCUCUGAGGCCACUGAAGCAGAGAAAGUUGAUGAUGAGGAGAGGCCAGACGAGGUUGAGGCUAGUACGGAUGCGCCCACAGACGCCAGCACAUCGAAAGCCGAUGCCAAUUCUGUUAGUCCUAGUCAGACCCACGAUAUACCAACAAUAACGGCCGAUACUGUUUCGUUAGCGGACUCUACAAAUGCCGAAGCACAGAAGAAGAAAGAUCUGGAAAUAUUUGAUCGAUUUCUACGGCCAACUACUAGUAAUUCAUCGUCUUCCAAGGUCGACAACAGAAAUGCAGUUGGACAGGGCAGUCGACCCGCUGCUGAUACUCUGUCGCUGUCGGAUAGCUUAGCCAACUUUCUGUCUUUCGGCAAAUCAAGCACCAUGCGAACAGCGCGGUCAGAACUGGGGAAUGCCGAGUACACUGGACCCGAUUCGAUGGACGGUAAGGCGUUGAUGAAGGCGGUGCGUUGCCUGCUGAUAUACCUCAUCGAUGCUAGAAGGAAGAUUGCACGUCUCACUUCUCUGCAGUCUGGUACUAUAACCGAGGAGGAUUUCGAUCGUACUGCGUCUGCAAAACUGAACCUUGCAUCAUAUGGGUCAGAUCUAGAGAAAGAGGCGUGUAUUGUCGACACCGCACUACUACGCUGCUAUAUAAUUAUUAAUCCUCAACUUGUCGGACCGCUAGUUCGAUUGCCAAAUCACUGCGACAAGAAUGCUGUUCGGCAGCAGCUUUUGAUGUACGGCAAAUACUCGGAGCUGGUUGAUUUCUACUUCAACAAGAAGCUUCAUGGAGAUGCUCUAGCUUUACUGAAGCAGCUUAGCGACAGCAAGAAGGUCUCCGAGUUUAACGGGCCGGAGCAUAUUGUACGAUAUUUGCAGAAACUGGGACAGGAACACCUUGAUUUGAUAUUCGAGUAUGCCAAGGAGCCAGUUAACAUCAACGAGGAGUAUGGCGUUGAGAUCUUCAUGGCCAAUACUCCUGAGGCAGAGUCUCUGUCUCGCAAACGGGUCGAGCAGUUCCUCCUCCCCAUAUCUAGGAAAUUAACCAUGAAGUAUCUGGAGCACAUUGUGUUUGGUCUCAAUGAUCUUUCGCCUGAUUUCCACAACGAUCUUGCUUUGACUUACCUCGAAGAUGUCAAAACCAAUGCACAGCUGUAUUCUUCGGAUGACGAGAUGGUACAACGACCUGUGCGGAAACUCCUACGCUUGCUUCGCGAGUCGUCGCAGUACAGACCGGAGAAAAUACUGGCUGCAAUGCCCAGAGACUCUUCGUUGUUUAUGGAGUCGAAAGCGGUGCUGUUCAGCCGACUAGGAGAGCACAAGCGAGCAUUAGAGAUAUUUGUGUUCAGUAUGAAGGAUAGUCAGAAGGCUCAAGAAUACUGCAUGAAUGUGUACGACUCGGACGUCCCUAACUCCAAGUCCGUGUUCUAUACGCUUCUCGAGCUCUACCUGAGACCUCCAGCAAAGGCAGCAACGAAUGGAUAUGGUGCAACCGCGCCUUCUCUUCCGACUCUUCGCGAUAACUUUGACUACCCGGGCAUGAACCUCGAGGCAGCUCUGGAAUUACUGUCGCAGCAUGGAUCGCGGCUGUCAGCUGUCGAUGCGCUCGAACUUCUUCCGCCUGACAUUAAACUUACUUCACUCGGGCAGUUUUUCGAGUCUCACCUGCGGGAAACGAACACUACGAUUAACCGGGAUCGGAUUUCUGCGGCUCUGCUAAAGGCGGAACUGGUUAGGACCCAGCAGCUGCUUGUGAAGCUGAAGAGUAAGAACGUUAUCAUUUCCGAUACAAAACUUUGCCCCGUUUGUCUCAAGAGACUGGGGAGCAGCGUUAUAUCGGUUUUCCCCAACCGCACAGUUGUGCACUACGGGUGUGCGAAGGCAUAUAAGGAAAGCUCUGGGCCAAGAGCACAAACGGUCGAGAAGGACGAGUAA